GACCGGUACGGGGCACUGCAGACUGCGGAUAAAAGUUGUACAGCACUACAAGGCUUGUUAUUAUCAUUCAUCCUGAACAUGCAUAUGAGUCAAACAGUCGCACAUCACAUAGUACAAUUCACAAUUUUGCAUAUCCAAAAAGUGUCAUUACAGCUUUAGUUCAUCGGGAAGUGACGGGAAGUGACGGUGGGCGUCCCGAGCAGGAGAGCUAGGCUCAGUGCUAGCUGUGAGUUUGGAGAGAGUUGGGAAGUGUGUUUAUGUUGGCGUGGAUGUAAAGUCCUGCAGUGUUCUCCGCUGUUAAUAAAGCCAUUAAAGUGCAUCGGCGACAUGAGUCUCUCCUUCCCCACAACAAGCGGCAUUACAGUAUUGACACACAUUGUGCACAUUGUCUCACACCAGGAAAUAAACGGUGUCACUUGUUACAGGCAUUGCCUGGACAGCUAUGUAGUGGGGCUUGUUUAACCUUUGCCUUGUGGGCAAGCAGGACGAUGCUGAGAGAUGUGUGUGUGUUCUGAGCUGCUGUCUGGUGGCCGCGUUCAAUAAAUAAAGUUGGCAGAAGCAACAGGAGAAGUUUCCUUCUUUGCUUCGGAGCUGAAUAACACUGACAAGUUAACAGACUAGUAGCGAACGGAAAAGAAGACGGCUUUUUUUUGUGGAUGAGGAUUGAUGAAAAAUAACGCGAGUACAUUCUAAAAUACUUCAAUUAAGUACAACCAAACUCAGUUUUGCUCCCGCUGCCGCAUGCAUGCUAGCGUAUGUUUUUUUUUUUUAUUGUAGCGUUGCUGAGAGCACGUCCUGUUCCCAGCCUACUUUGCGGUAAUGUUUUGGUGCAAAUGCUCUUAAAGUUUCAUGUUUCAGCAGGAAAUAGUAAGCUCAAAAGAAGACGGCUUUUUUAUGUGGAACAACUGACAGUUUGUGUGGAUCUUGUGAAUGAUUGUGACUGAGCUAGGACUCAGUAAUUAAAGUCUACACAUGACAGCUUCGUUGAUUGAAGAACGAAACUUUUUCGUGCAUGAAGCUUCUACUUGAGUCGGUAAUUUGGCCGCUAUAUGCGGUCAGAUAUUGACCAAGGGAGACAAAAUCGGUGGCCGCUGGCCACGUUGGACAGGCGACUGCUAUACACAGGGUCUAUAACAUGUAAAUUAGCUGCGGGUUAUUCACAAAAACAUGUUACCAAUAUCAAUGACUUAUAUUUCUAGCUAUGGAAAAGCUCUAUCUGCAGCCACUGAGUACUUGCAAACAGCUGAGAAACAAAUGCUGAAGCAAACAAACAAAGUUUACUACAAACAAAAUAAGAAUCAAAACAUGCAUCACAUUACUAGACUUGAUACAAAGGACUAAAGUACAUUUUAUGUUACAGUGUAGUUGCUUUCAAAACAUGCAAUAUAUAACAUGAAAACUAGGUACAUGACUUGGAACAUUUUCAGAAUGAUUUGCAUGAAGACAUUAACUUGUGAAUGUAUAAGCCCCUGUAAAUCCUGCAUGGAAGUAUUAAGUGAAUACAUCUUUAUUUGACUUUAUAACACCUAUAGUAGUCCUUGAUAAUAACAAUGGCAUCUAUGUUUAUCUCACAGAGAUACAAUGUAUACAACGUUAAAGCGCUGUAAUACGCUCUGUAAACCUUGUGUGAAAACAAAAUGUUCUCCUUGACGGCCCCUGACAGGGUGACACUAAUACUUUGUAUUGUAAACAAAGUCACAGCUUACCAUGGUAUUAAAAAAAAAACAAAAAACUUUUUUUUUUGUGUUUCAUCUCCGAAGCGGACUGAGUGAGAGCGGCAUAGCAAAAGCGCUGCUGUCUGUCUGUGUGUGAGGGAGAGGGGCCAGGCACUCAGGCAGGGAGCGACACAAUCUCCGCAUCAAAAAAAAAGUUCAUAUGUCGGUUACAUAUUCACUGAUAUCGAUUUAAUCGGUGAAAUGUCAACGUCAUAAUCAUCCCGCAGACAUAUUGGUCGGGCUCUAAAUGAAAGCUCCUGUUGGCAAAUGCACACAUUUGACUGUGAUGUGAGGGCUUGUCGGGGGUGUGUGAUAUUGGAUAUGUAUCACAGGACGGUAUUGUUGACGUUAUAGAGCGUGACGAUGCCCAUCAGAAACGCUAGCGUUUCAAACCAUGGACUCAAAAUCCUCUCCCGACAUAAGGCUCCAGAACUCUUCUUGGACAGCUACUGGGUUAGGAAGCAAUAGACCCAACAUGGCUUUUGAGCGUGCUUCAGGUUGAGCAGGAUGGAGGAGACAUGAAAAUAUCCAGGCUUUGCUCAAGAAAGUUUGACUUCAGUUUGACUUAUCUCUCUGUCUGGAAUGGAAAGCUCAGUCUCCGUCAUCUCAGAAUCUCUGUCGGACUCCGGCCAACUUCCUGUCCAAUCGCAGCUUUCAGACUGCUCAGCGACGUUUAUAUUCCAGUGAGCCCAAAGAUGGGAAAGGAGGAGGACGUGCAGGCGGUGGAAAGAGAGGAGGCGGGAAAGAUUGGUGGAGUCGGAUGCAGAAGGGCGACUUCCCGUGGGACGAGAAGGACUUCCGUUACAUGGCGAUGGCCGUGGCCGGCAUCUCCUCCACAAUGCUCUAUUUGUACUUCCGAGACGCCGGCCGAGAGAUCAGCUGGAAGGAUUUUGUGCACCGCUACCUGGGCCGUGGCAUCGUGGAACGUCUGGAGGUGGUCAACAAGCAGUACGUGCGCGUCAUCCUGGCACCGGGCGCCGAGGCUGAAGCGCAGAGCUACAUUUGGUUUAACAUCGGCAGUGUGGACACUUUUGAGCGGAACCUGGAGACGGCCCACUUAGAGCUCGGCAUGGAGUCGACUCACCGCCCCGCCGUGAUCUACAGCUCAGAGAGUGACGGCUCUUUCCUCAUGAGCAUGAUUCCCACGCUGCUCCUCAUUGGGUUCCUGCUCUUCAACCUGCGCCGGGGGCCAAUGGGGGCCGGGCCGGGCGGCGGCAGGGGAGGUCCCUUCAGCAUGAGUGAGUCGACGGCCAAGAUGAUGAAGGACCACAUCGAGGUCAAGUUCAAGGAUGUGGCAGGUUGCGAGGAGGCCAAACUGGAGAUCCUGGAGUUUGUCAACUUCCUGAAGAACCCGCAGCAGUACCAGGACCUCGGAGCCAAGAUCCCAAAGGGGGCCGUGCUGUCUGGACCUCCCGGUACCGGAAAGACUCUUCUGGCUAAAGCAACAGCCGGCGAAGCCAACGUUCCCUUCAUCACCGUCAACGGCUCCGAGUUCUUGGAGAUGUUUGUGGGCGUCGGCCCAGCCAGGGUGAGGGACAUGUUCGCCAUGGCCAGGAAGAACGCGCCUUGCAUUCUCUUCAUCGACGAGAUCGAUGCCGUGGGCCGCAAGCGAGGAGGCGGGAACUUUGGCGGUCAGAGCGAGCAGGAGAACACGCUCAACCAGCUCCUGGUGGAGAUGGACGGUUUCAACACGGCCACGAACGUGGUGGUACUCGCCGGAACCAACAGACCCGACAUCCUGGAUCCCGCCCUGAUGAGACCGGGGCGCUUUGACAGACAGAUCUACAUUGGCCCUCCAGACAUCAAAGGCCGGGCAUCCAUCUUUAAAGUCCACCUGCGGCCGAUUAAGUUGGACCCCGGCAUAGACAAGGACACCCUGGCCAGGAAGAUGGCCGCCGCCACGCCGGGAUUCACAGGGGCGGACAUCGCUAACGUGUGCAACGAGGCAGCGCUGAUCGCGGCCCGACACUUGAACCCGCAUGUCAACCACAAACACUUUGAACAGGCCAUCGACCGCGUGAUUGGAGGUCUGGAGAAGAAGACUCAGGUCCUGCAGCCCACAGAGAAGAAGACGGUGGCCUACCACGAGGCCGGCCACGCCAUUGUGGGCUGGUUCCUGCAGCACGCUGACCCACUGCUCAAGGUGUCUAUCAUUCCGCGGGGAAAGGGUCUGGGUUACGCCCAGUACCUUCCCAGGGAGCAGUACCUGUACAGCCGCGAGCAGCUCUUUGACAGGAUGUGCAUGAUGCUGGGCGGCCGUGUGGCAGAGCACGUCUUCUUCGGACGCAUCACCACCGGCGCUCAGGACGACCUCAAGAAGGUCACGCAGUCUGCCUACGCUCAGGUGGUUCAGUUCGGGAUGAGCGACAAGGUGGGCCAGGUGUCCUUUGACCUCCCCCGGCAGGGCGACAUGGUUCUGGAGAAGCCGUACAGCGAAGCCACGGCCGAGCUCAUCGAUGAAGAGGUCAGAGCACUGGUGGACCACGCCUACGAGCGCACGCUGCGGCUCAUCCAGGACAAGAAAGACCUGGUGGAGCUGGUGGGCAAGCGUCUGCUGGAGAAGGAGGUCCUGGACAAGGCGGACAUGUUGGAGCUGCUGGGGCCGCGGCCCUUUGAGGAGAAGUCCACCUAUGAGGAGUUUGUGGAGGGCACGGGGAGCUUCGAGGAGGACACCAGCCUGCCUGAGGGCCUCAGAGACUGGAACCAGGAGAGGGGAGAGAAGGAGAAGGACCCCGGCCCCUCCCAGGACAGACAGCAGGCAGUGUAGGGAAACUCCAGCAAGGACCUGACUGGGCAGUCAGCCGCUCACAAUGACUGCAGUACCUCAGUCAACCAGCAGGAGACCACCCGCCACAUUUAUGAUGUCAAAAUGACACUUUUCUUCCCUAUUUAUUCAAUUUUAAGCUAAAAUGACAUCACUUGUGUCAGAGUGAGACCUCCUCCCGUCUCAGGCCGGCCUCAACGGAAGAGCUGGGUUUUUUUUUAUAAAUUUGUUUUAGUGCCUCAAAUUUCAAAUAAGGCAACCUGCUGCUCAGAGGUCAGUGUCAGCCUUUCAUGCUGAAGAUUUUUUAUGACCACACGUGAACAAACUUGACAUAAAACAAACGCUUCAACUUCAUCAAAGUUCUUGUGUUGGCGUUUCAGAAUAAAAGUCCAGCAAAACAUUUUUUGGGCUUAAAGGAA